CAGAUCCUGAAAUCUCAUAUGAUCUCUCUUCCUCCAUGUUCACGUUCUCUCUCUCUCUCUCUCCAAUUGAAGGCGGAAAAGGGGACGACGUUAAAAACGUCCUUUUACUGCAGGACUUACUUUCUCAAACAGGUUUUUAAUUCUUACAGAUUCUGUACAGGGGGGUCGUCGAGUCGAGGGUUCCCCUUUGGCCCUUGCCCUCUUUCAGCGAACCAGCGCCUCUUUCCCUCUCGGCCUCUCCGUACGGCAGACGGCCGGCAACCCGGUUCUCCUCUGCAAUUGGCCGGCGGCGGGCGGUGCAUCUAUAGUUCUGUUGGCACAGCCAUAAUGGAAUGUUUGACCUGGUAGGGCCAUGAAUAGAUAUGACUCGACUGCAGAUCAGGCCUCGUCCACUUGACUUCAAUAGGAAGCUUCCUAUUAUAAGGUCUGUGAGGGAUUUUGAAGAUGAUGAGGCUUCUACUGUGACCAUUAACAAUAGCAUCAUUACAGCUCCAUCUACUCGCAAUUCACAAAUACCACGUAUUACUUCAGAGGCUGAGAAUGAGGUUAAUCAAAUCCAGACAAGGAAAAGUGCUUCUGAAAUACCUACACCACAGUUUGUUGUUGUUGACACAUAUGAAAGAGACUACUCAUGUUCCUUUUCACAACCAACUUCAUAUGUGCGUGGAAGAGGAGCUAGGGCAGAACUUGGGGAUUUUGUUGAGUAUGAUCUUGACAAUGAGGAUGAAGACUGGCUUCAAGAGUUCAACAAUGAGAGGAAGAUAAUCACACCAGAAAAAUUUGAAGCUCUUUUGUUCCGUUUGGAAGUUUUGGACCAUAAAACCAGAGAGAGGGGAGGCGUCAUAAUUUCACUUGGUUCUCCUGUUCCAGUUGUGCUUCAGCUUGAUGCUGCAGCUGAGGCUUUGGCUCAGAAUAUGAGAUAUGCUGUUUUCCAGUCUAUAUAUAAUUACUGGAAAGCAAAGCGUGAACGGUGGCAAAAGCCUAUUCUUCGAAGAAUACAGCCUCCACCACCAGUCAAUGACACAAAUCCAUACAAUGUGUUCAGACCAAGAGAGAAAGCCCACCGCUUGCAUACCAGAAGGAUGCAAAGGCGGGAAAACAACGUUCAGUCCUUCGACAAGCUUCGUCAGGUUAUGCGUAACUUGGGCCAAGUCAAGGGACUGGUGGAAACAUUGAUCAAGAGAGAAGAAAAGAAGCGUGAACUCAUGGAAUGUGAAGUGAACCUUCAAAGGAUCCGACUAAAAUACAAGCACGAGACUCAACUCAUCGAGGAUGGGCUAGCGCUUCCCGGGUUUGGAUCCACUUGCAAGUUAGCGUCAAGUGAUGAAGAUUUCAUUGAUUCAGAUGACGUGCCAAAUGGGUUCACAUAUACUCGGCCUGCAACUGCACGUCUGCAUACUUCAGAUUCUAUGAUGAUGACAGCUACAGCAGGACGUGCUAGGCGGGAGUUUAGGAGGAGGCCUCUGGCACGUGGCUGGUUGCAGAAAAGGGGUCCUCAACAACCAGUGCUAUUAUUUACCAGACGUCUUGAUCAACAAAAGCUGGCAGCUGCAGGGAUAGUGAGACCUGCUGACCCACCUACAGAAGAUGGUGAUGCCAUGCCAACGUUCAAAUUUCAUGGUAGGAUAGGCCGUGGAGGUCGCAUCAUCUUCGAUAGAUGGAACCCUUUUACGCGAACACCAUUUGGCCAUGAAAGCUCAUCGCCCACAAGAAAUGCACAACCCUCGCCGCCAGUGAUGUCAGAUAACCAAAUCAUUCUUCCCAUUCAUCAAUGUCUUGGAUAAAAUCCUCGGAUUCUGCCGGAGAGCUGGAAAGCCGGGGGCCCAAGUUAGGUGGGCUGGGCUCUCGCAUUCACGGUUCAGUGACCCAAGCAGGUCGGAAAGGUGUAUACUUAGGCGCCCUGUUUGGUGCGUUUGACCGAUUGUCCAGCAUGCUGUACAUGUUCGGCAGCUCCUCCUCAUUUGUAUUUUGUACAAUUGUUUUCAUCGGUGCUAAAAGAAGAAACUGUAGUGGUUCAUCUUUUACCCCUCUCCAUCUCCCCCCCCUCCCUCUGGGCUGUUGGCGUUCCGUGAUGGGGACAUGGAUCCAGGCGCAAUGUAGUUGAACGGUUUCUGUAUAGCGAAUUAUUUUGUCA